CCAGGUCAGGGACCAGGAGAAAAGACGUCCCAGGAAGAGGCAGGAGGAGGUUGCAGUGGACAAGCUCUUCUGACAGAAGAAGCUCACCCUCUGUCCCAGCUUUCCUGAGGAUGCCACUGCUGAGCCUGUCAUGGCUGGGACUUGGGCCCGUGGACCUCUCCCCAUGGCUGCUCCUGCUGCUGGUUGGGGCCACCUGGCUCCUGGCCAGAGCCCUGUCCUGGUCCUAUGCCUUCUAUGAGAAGUGCCACCGCCUCCGAAGCUUCCCACAGCCCCCAAAACGGAACUGGUUUUUGGGUCACAUGGACUUGUUCUACGCCAAUGAGCAGACUUUGAUGAAUACUGCUCAGCUGGUGGCCACGUACCCCCAGCAUCUUGUGGUCUGGAUGGGGCCCAUCAUCCCUGUCAUCAGUCUGUUCCACCCAGAUGUCAUCCGAUGUGUCACCAACGCCUCAGCCACCAUCGCACCGAAAAAUAUGCUCUUCUACCAGUUCCUGAAACCCUGGUUGGGGGAUGGGCUUCUGCUGAGUGCUGGUGACAAGUGGAGCCAUCACCGCCGCAUGCUGACACCUGCCUUCCACUUCAACAUCCUGAAGCCCUAUAUGAAGAUUUUCAACGAGAGUGUGAACAUCAUGCACGCCAAGUGGCAGCGCCUGGCCUCGGAGGGCAGUAUCCGCCUAGACAUGUUUGAACACAUCAGCCUCAUGACUCUGGACAGCCUGCUGAAAUGUGUCUUCAGCUUCAACAGCCACUGCCAGGAGAAGCCCAGCAAAUACAUUGCAGCCAUCCUGGAGCUCAGUGCCCUUGUAGUAAAACGGAACCGGCAGAUCUUUCUGCACCCAGACUUCCUGUAUCAUCUCACUCCUGAUGGGCAGCGCUUCCGCAAAGCCUGCCAGCUGGUGCAUGACUUCACAGACGCCGUCAUCCAGGAGCGGCGCCACACCCUCCCUGAUGAGGGUGCUGAUGACGUCCUCAUGGACAAGGCCAGGACCAGGACUUUGGAUUUCAUUGACGUGCUCCUGCUGGCCAAGGAUGCAGAUGGGAAGCUACUGUCAGAUGAGGACAUCCGAGCGGAGGCUGACACCUUCAUGUUUGGGGGCCAUGACACCACAGCCAGCAGCCUCUCCUGGAUCCUGUAUAACCUUGCAAAGCACCCGGAGUACCAGGAUCGCUGCCGUCAGGAGGUGCAAGAGCUCCUGAGGGACCGUCAGUCAGAGGAGAUUGAAUGGGACGACCUGGCCAACUUGCCCUUCCUGACCAUGUGCAUCAAGGAGAGUCUGCGAUUACAUCCACCAGUUCCCUUCAUCUCCCGCUGCUGUACCCAGGACGUUGUGCUCCCGGAUGGCCGUGCUAUCCCCAAAGGUGUUAUCUGCACGAUUAGCAUUUUCGGGACCCAUCACAACCCGUCAAUCUGGCCGAACCCUGAGGUCUAUGACCCCUUCCGCUUCCACCCAGAAAACAUCAAGGAGAGGUCACCUCUGGCUUUCAUUCCUUUCUCAGCUGGUCCCAGGGGGCAGUCUGAGCCCCUGUCCCUCCCGCAGGAACUGCAUCGGGCAGACGUUCGCCAUGACCGAGAUGAAGGUGGUCCUGGCGCUCACGUUACUGCGCUUCCGCGUCCUGCCGGACGAGGUUGAGCCCCGGAGGAAGCCGGAGGUGAUCCUGCGCACGGAGGAAGGACUUUGGCUGAAGAUGGAGCCGCUGAGCGCUGGUUCGCCUGGAUCCACCCAAUCAAGGCCUUAGAUCCAUCCCUGACCCCACCCAUCUAGCUUUGCAGAUUCCCAGGAAUAAAACUUUGCUCUCACUUCUGUCCAAAUCUCAUUGAGUUUCAACCGGUGGUACCCAGAAACUGUGGGGGUCCAGGGGGUGAUAGUGGCUGUUGGGAGGUGGGGCUGCUAUCUCCGAGCUUAAGACCCUGACUGCCUUGCAGGCUGCCCACAGGGACCCCCACACUGUUGGUGGUUUCUCCCAGAGCCCAAUCACAGACAUCUGUGGGCUUUUGCAAACUAUGGAAUGUGUUUGAGCAAGAUGAGACUUGUGUUAAGAAUGGAUUUAAGGGGCAAGCUUGAAGUUCAGAGGAUAGAAAGAGGCGAUGUAAGGGUGUUGCCCCAAGACCAAACCCCUGGCUGCCCUGAACACAGCAGGAGAAGGGUGCAUCCCACACCCUGACUGCCUCUCCGGGAAUCCCAGUUCCCUCCCUGUUGUUGUCAGCGUUCCCAGCCACGUGUCUGCCCCCUCCUAAUCGUCCCACCUGUGGACCCCUUCCCCACCUUGAGGAAGUGUCCUCCCUCUUCUCCUCUGAGCUCUCUGAUGCUGCCCAAGCAGCCUGGCCUACAGAUACCAGCUGAGUCCCCACCAUGUGCCAGGCCCUCAUUGUACUACCUCUGGGUUUUGAUUCUUUAUCCCUUUAUAAUGAGGUUAUCAAAAUAAAGGUUCACAAUUUCCUGAAACGAGAAA